GAGUGUAUGUUUAAAUGGAAAAUUUUGAAGGGCUUCCUGGCAUUAGAAAAUUUUCUGCUUUUCCACAUAUUAAAAAAUUAGAUUAUUUCCCUAAAAUAGACUCAUGUUAUACAAAAAAAUCAUCAAAAGGGAGUCUUUUUACACUUAUAUGGAUUAUAUUACUCAUUUUUUUCGUUUGGAAAGAGAUAUUAAUCUAUAAAACUGGUGUAGAAGAGCAUCAAUUUAAUAUUGAGAAAGAUUUGAUGGAACAUAUAACUUUAAAUGUUGAUAUUGUUGUUGCAAUGCCUUGUGAUGUAAUUGAUGUAAAUGUAAAAGAUGUUACUUCAGAGUUGAUUUUGGCGGGACAAACAUUAAAAAAGGAGGGUGCGCUUUUUGAACCUUCAUCAAUUGAUUUUUCAGGAAAAUAUUUUCAGCCAAUUGAAAGUGUAAAACAUGUUUUUCAAAAUUUGGGAAAGAAAAGCUUUAAGCCAGGAAAAAAUGUAUUGAAUGCUUCUGCUUGUAGGGUUUAUGGAAGUAUAGAGAUUCAUAGGGUUGUAGGAAUUUUUCAUAUUACAGCUCAAGGACAUGGAUAUGGAAUUAAACAUUUAAGUCAUAAAAAAAUGAAUUUUACACAUAUUAUUAAUAGUUUUUCAUUUGGUACCUAUUAUUCUAAUAUUAUUAGUCCUUUAGAUAAAACUGGAGAAAUUACACAUGAAAAUUUUUAUUUGUUUCAAUAUUAUAUAUCUAUUGUUCCCACUACAUUUGUUAAAGGCAAUAAACGUGUAUUAACUAAUAAAUAUUCUGUUAAAGGAAAGGCAUCCGCAGUUGAUUAUUUUAAUGUUCCAGGAAUACUCUUCAUUUAUGAUAUUGAACCUAUUAGUUUAACAAUUACUGGAAAAAGAACUUCAUUAUUUCAUUUUUUGAUGCGUAUUUUUGCAAUUAUUGGAGGACUAACUUUUUUUACUGAAUGGUUAUAUAAAUUUGUAAAUCAAAUAUCUGAAAUUAUAGGUUUUAAAAAAAGAUAUUUACAUAACUAAUAAGUGAAA